ACCUUUCUAAUUUCUUCCAACAUUAUUAUUGUUUAUUCCAAUACUACCCUCAUUCCACAAAGAACCUUCUUUCUUCUUUCUUUCCUUUUUUUUUCCACUUUGGCGACUCUUCUUAUCAUUUCAUCACCCAAUUAAUUCACCAAAUUCUUUUUGUUCAUUCAUCACCAACACCAAUUCAAAAAAAAUGGACACAGAACAACAACACCGGCGUAAGAGAAAAAGAGGUGUGGUAAAACACUUCCACGUAUCUUCAAGAUCACUUUUUCUCUGCUUUUCUUUCUUCAUCUUCUUACUUUUCUUAUCGAAUUACCAUGGUUUCUUCACUCAUAAACCUCCUCUAUCUUCAUCUACUUUAUCGCUUCUUUAUUCUUCAGCAAGUUUUUCAGUUCUUGAUGACCCUCUUCAAUCCACCACCGCACAAACAACAACGCUUUCUUUAUCUCUUCAACACCAAAUCCUCUUCCCGAAUCACUACCUCAUAAUCCUCAACAACAAUGAAAAAAUCCAAACCCGUGAAGUAGAGUGUGUUUAUUAUAUACUCAACGGUUCUUCUCCCGGUUCAGCUAAACCGGUCCUUGAUGUUGAGGUUCAGGUUCAACCGGUUCAAUCUAUAGACUAUUACGACGAAUCUCGAUCCGUAGCGAGAUGCCCGUUUCAUGAAACGAAUAGUUCGACUUCCGGCGGGGUUAAAGUUGUUGACUUGCGGCGGUUUGGUGAAGUGGGUCGUCGGAAUUUAAGUGGUUUGAAGAAACAAACGCCGCAGUCUUGGGAUAGGGUUGCGUAUGAAGCGAUGUUGGACGGUGAUACUGUUGUUGUUUUUGUGAAAGGGUUGAAUCUUCGACCGCACAAGAUCUCGGAUCCGACGAAUUUUCGUUGCCAUUUUGGGUUACGAAGCUUCCACAAAGAUGGUGUUGGAGCUUCUUUUUUGCUUAGCACAAGAGCGGUUUCGGUGGCUCAAGAAAUCGUGAGGUGUGUUUUGCCGCAGAGUAUAAUAAACAAACCAGAUAAAGCUCGUGGUGUUAGGGUCACUGUGAGUAAUUUGAGUGGGAAUUUGAGGCGUCAAGUUCGUACCCUUUUGCCAUCGGUAGCUAGAAUUGGUAGUGGAAGUGUUCAUAAGGAGAGUAGUGAGAAGCAUGAGCUUUGUGUUUGUACAAUGGUUUGGAAUCAAGCUUCUGCGUUGAGGGAAUGGAUUAUGUAUCAUUCAUGGCUUGGAGUGGAGCGUUGGUUUAUCUAUGAUAACAAUAGCGAUGAUGAUAUCGAAAAUGUAGUUAAUGAUCUCGAUUCGAAAGGGUUUAAUGUUAGUAGAAAGGUUUGGCCUUGGAUUAAGACACAGGAAGCAGGGUUUUCUCAUUGUGCUUUGAAAGCUAGAGAGGAUUGUAAAUGGGUUGGAUUCUUCGAUGUCGAUGAGUUUUUCUAUUUCCCUAACGAGUUUCAUCGGCCUAACGAGCUCGGUGAAAGUAGUAGUACUAGUAGUAGUGGUGUUCCUGGUGAGAAAUCGUUGAGAUCGAUGGUAGCGAAUUUCUCGUCUUCGACGACAAUCGCUGAGAUACGAACUGCUUGUCAUAGUUUCGGACCGUCUGGUUUAACUUCACACCCGAAACAAGGUGUUACCAUAGGGUACACAUGUAGGCUUCAAAGCCCUGAGCGGCAUAAAUCUAUUGUGCGACCGGAUUUGCUCGACGCGAGUCUUCUAAACGUGGUACACCAUUUUCAGUUAAAGGAAGGAUUCGAGUCCUACAACAUGCCUGAACAUAGUGUUAUAGUGAACCACUACAAGUAUCAAGUUUGGGAGAGUUUUAAAGCAAAGUUUUUCAGAAGAGUUGCAACCUAUGUUGUUGAUUGGCAACAAGAUCAAAACAAAGGGUCAAAAGAUAGAGCACCAGGACUUGGAACAGAAGCUAUUGAACCAGAUAAUUGGAGGUUAAGGUUUUGUGAAGUUAAGGAUACUGGUUUAAAGGACUAUGUUUUGUCUGUUUUUACUGAUCCUGUAACAGGAUCAAUGCCAUGGGAAAAACAUUUACUAUAAUGGAUUUCAUGGAUGGAAGAUGGAUAAUACACAUGUAAAGGAAAAUAGGCAUAUUCAUUCUUUUUGCAUUGUUUCUGGGGGGAUAUUUGUAUAAGAAAUUUUUGGUUUUUUGUUUUGUUUUUUUACAUGAUUUUUAUAGAUAUGAAAGAAACUCACAGAGAUUAUUAUAUACUGGUGUAAAUUUGCAGCAAUAUGAAUGAAAUUUUCUUUCAUUUUUUUGA